AUGGGUUCUAAUCAAUCUUCUUAUUGUUAUCAUCAAUCCAACAAGUUUCAAGGUACUUCUGAACAAUUACAAGCCAUAGAACAAAUUCAAUCCGAAUUUCAAAUCACUACUGAUCAUAUGCAUGCUAUUGUGGAUCAAUUUAUAAAAGAAAUGCAAAAAGGAUUAGAUCAUCAUGGUGCUACUGUGGCGAUGAUUCCUAGUUUUGUCAGUGGUCGUCCUACAGGGGAAGAAAAAGGUAAAUAUUUGGCAUUGGAUUUGGGAGGUACCAAUUUACGCGUAUGUCAAGUGGAAUUAUUGGGUCAAGGCAAAUAUCAUCUUCAUCAACAAAAAUAUGUAGUAUCAGAUCAACUGAAGACUGGUGAUAUGCGACAUUUAUGUGAUUUCAUUGCCGAUUGUGUGGAUGAUUUCAUCAGUGAACAUGGUGAUCCUCAUGAAAAGGUGGAUAUGGGUUAUACUUUUUCAUUUCCUAUCUGGCAAACUUCCAUCAAUAGUGGUGAAUUAAAACAAUGGACAAAAGGUUUUGCUUGUGCUAAUGCGGUUGGUACGGAUCCUGCUGUUUUAUUACAAGAUGCUUUCCAUCGUAAAAAUUUAUUGGUCAAUAUUGCUGCUAUUGUGAAUGAUACAGUGGGAACAUUGAUGGCACAUGCUUAUCGUCAUCCUGAAACGACCAUGGGUGUAAUUUUAGGCACAGGUUCCAAUACAUGUUAUUAUGAAGAUAUCUCCCGAAUUACUAAAUUUGAAGCUGACAAUAACAAAAUACUAUCCAAUGAAAUGGUAGUGAAUAUGGAAUGGGGAGCAUUUGAUUGUGAAAGACGCAUUCUACCAUUCACAAUGUAUGAUAACAAGUUGAACCGAGAAUCUGUCAAUAUCAAUGAACAAUUAUUUGAAAAGAUGAUCAGUGGCAUGUAUUUGGCAGAAAUAGCACGUAAUUGUAUGCUUCAUUGGAUUGAUCGAUUGGUUCUAUUUGGUGGACAAUCAUCACCUGAACUCAAUAUGCAAUGGCGAUUUGAAACAGCAUACAUGUCUACUAUUCAUGGUGAUCAUUCUCCAAAUUUGACAGCAACAAAACAUGUUCUUGAAGAUAUUAUGGAUAUGCCUGCUGGAUCAACCACAUUGGCAGAUCGACAAUUGGUACAGGCUAUUUGUAUAGCGGUGGGUCAACGUUCUGCUCGAUUGGCAGCUUGUGGAUUGGCGGGUAUCAUAAAACACAAGAAGAUGAUAAAUGAUGAUGAUGAUGAUAAGAAGAAUGAUUGUUUGAUUGCUAUUGAUGGAUCUUUGUUUGAAUUUUAUCCUGAAUAUGAAGCAAAUAUGAUGAGUGCUUUGGUGGACCUGUUUGGAGAAAAAAUACGUCAUCGUGUACGUUUUGAACUAUCAAGGGAUGGAUCUGGUUUAGGUGCUUCAGUGAUUGCUAUGAUGGCUUCCAAGAUGGCAAAACAAUAG